AUGUCUUCGCAGUUGGCAAGUACCGUCUCCAACUCAUCCCUUGAGGACAGAAUAAUCUAUGGAUUCGGGCCCGAUCAUCGUAUGCCUUAUUCAUGUCCUUCGUGUCUUGGAACUCCGAGAUUGGUUAAUGAUUGUCAUGCCUGUGAUGGGACCGGCCUUGCUUGGGACACCAAUUCGGACAGUAUUUACCAGGGAGAGGAGAAACGACAGACAUCAUCCGGUGGAUCCUCGCCGGAGAGUUCUUCAUUAUCAUCAUAUAAUCAGCAGGGCUGA